AUGAACAAGCGGCGACUUCUCUACCCCUCGGGGUGGCUCCACGGUCCCAGCGACAUGCGGGGGCUCCUCUUCUCCACUCUUCUGCUUGCUGACCUGGCACAGUUCUGCUGCAGGGCACAGGGCACUGGACCGUUAGAUACAACACCCGAAGGAAGGCCUGGAGAAGUGUCAGAUGCACAUCAGCGUAAACAGUUUUGUCACUGGCCCUGCAAAUGCCCUCAUCAGAAGCCCCAUUGCCCUCCUGGAGUGAGCCUGGUGAGAGACGGCUGUGGAUGCUGUAAAAUCUGUGCCAAGCAACCAGGGGAAAUCUGCAAUGAAGCUGACCUCUGUGACCCACACAAAGGGCUGUAUUGUGACUACUCAGUAGACAGGCCUAGGUACGAGACUGGAGUGUGUGCAUACCUUGUAGCUGUUGGAUGCGAGUUCAACCAGGUACAUUAUCACAAUGGCCAAGUGUUUCAGCCCAACCCCUUGUUUAGCUGCCUCUGUGUGAGUGGCGCCAUUGGAUGCACGCCUCUGUUUAUACCAAAGCUGGCUGACGGUCACUGCUCUGGAGCUAAAGGUGGAAAGAAGUCUGAUCAGUCAAACUGUGGCCUGGAACCAUUACUACAGCAGCUUUCAACAAGCUACAAAACAAUGCCAGCUUAUAGGAAUCUCCCACUUAUUUGGAAAAGAAAAUGUCUCGUGCAAGCAACAAAGUGGACUCCCUGCUCCAGAACAUGUGGGAUGGGAAUAUCUAAUAGGGUGACCAAUGAAAACAGCAACUGUGAAAUGAGAAAAGAGAAAAGACUGUGUUACAUUCAGCCUUGUGACAGCAAUAUAUUAAAGACAAUAAAGAUCCCCAAAGGAAAAACAUGCCAACCUAUUUUCCAACUCUCCAAAGCUGAAAAAUUUGUCUUUUCUGGAUGCUCAAGUACUCAGAGUUACAAACCCACUUUUUGUGGAAUAUGCUUGGAUAAGAGAUGCUGUAUCCCUAAUAAGUCUAAAAUGAUUACUAUUCAAUUCGAUUGCCCAAAUGAGGGGUCAUUUAAAUGGAAGAUGCUGUGGAUUACAUCUUGUGUAUGUCAGAGAAACUGCAGAGAACCUGGAGAUAUAUUUUCUGAGCUCAAGAUUCUGUAAAACAAAGCAAAUGGGGGAAAAGUUAGUCAACCCUAUCAUAUAAUAAAAAAAUUAGUGAGUAUAAAA